UGAUCAACAUGUCUUCCUUUAUAUCAGAUACAAUUUCCAAUUCCCGGUUUCAGUUGAUCGCAACUGCGGCCGUGUCCGGUGCAGCUGUGGCGGGUUUGAUACUGGGUUUUCAGGCAUUGGAAAGAGAAGAGCGGCUUUCGGAGCUGAAGAACUCGAUCCCGUCGUUGUCAACCGAUAAAGGAAGGUUGAACAGCUUUGGUGUCUCGUCAGAAUCGGGCCUGGAUCUUGAAGAUGCGCGCAACAUUGCUCUUGCUAAGCGGGCGCAGUCUGGAGACUUCGACGAAGACCUCAUUCUAGAGCAACUGGCUCGCAAUCAAGUCUUUCUUACACCAGAGGGCUUACAAAAGUUACGGGAUUCGUUUGUUAUAGUAGUGGGCUGCGGAGGCGUCGGUUCACAUUGCGCUGCUACUCUGGCUCGGUCAGGUGUUUCUAAGCUUCGUCUCAUUGACUUUGAUCAAGUGACAUUGAGUUCAUUGAACAGACAUGCCGUGGCCACUCUGGCAGACGUUGGCACUCCCAAAGUGCAAUGCCUAUACCGACGACUGAUCGCCAUCGCCCCCUGGAUCAAAUUCGACCUCCGUCAAGAAAAGUUUGACGAAUCUGUUGCCGAAGCGAUGCUGGCUCCCUGGAAAGAAGAUGGCCGCAAACCAGACUUUAUUAUUGAUGCCAUCGACAACAUCGACACAAAAGUUGCCCUGUUAAAGUAUUGCUACGAUAAUAACUUGCCUGUCAUCAGCUCUAUGGGCGCCGGAUGCAAAGGAGACCCAACUAAAAUUGUCAUCGGCGAUAUUGGAACAAGUAAAGACGACGGACUAUCACGAGCUACGAGACGACGACUUAAGCUUCUUGGAAUCACGAGCGGCAUACCAGUUGUUUACUCUACCGAGCAAUCUGGAGAAGGAAAGGCAGAGCUGUUGCCACUCCCCGAAGAGGAAUUCCAGAAAGGAUCUGUUGGUGACCUUGGUGUGAUGGCCAACUUUCGAGUGCGAAUCCUUCCGGUUCUGGGAACGAUGCCAGCAAUCUUUGGCUUGACUGCCGCAAACCACGUUAUUCUGAGAAUAACGGGAUAUCCCAUUUCAUAUGUCCCUGGCAAAGCACGUGAACGAAUGUAUGAAGGUAUUCUCACGUAUGUUCAAGGAUCGGAAGAGAAGCUCGCUCGAAUGUUCGUGCCUGGUACUACAGGUCUUAAAACACCUCUGACACUGGGCGACGUGGCAUUCAUGACGGAGGAGUUGUAUCGUGGUCGCAGUAUCAUCAGCGGUAUCCCUACGAAGCUGGUUCUCAUCAGGUUUAAGAAGCCAGAGACAUGCAGCAUGACGGUGAUUGGGGAGGGCAAGGACGAACAGAAAUGCUCUACGAUACGGUUGAGAGACCUCGUGUGCAUGACGAAGGAGGAAGCAACAAGGCACGAAAAGGAGAUCUUCAAGGCGGACAAGUCACUCGCGGAGUUGUAUGAUGAAGAGACCAUCAAGCGUGUUGAGGAGCGGAUGCUGGAAGCAGAAAAGUAUGAAUGGUUCCGCAGGUAGAAUGUGAAUAGCAUCAUUCAUUCUCACCAUC